UUAAAAAGUUGAAUGAAGUGAUUAAGUGAAAUUAGUUAAAAUCCUAGUGAAAAAUAGUAUAAUUAUUAUCAAUACUACGAAGGAUUUGGAAAAAUAUUCGCACGGCCACUCAGCGCUUACGAGCGGUGCUUAACGAUGCUGAAGUUCCAGAGAUAACUGAGAAUUCCUAACAAAUGACAGAAUGCUUAAAAACUAAAUAGAAUAACACAAUGGUUGUGAUUUUGUGAGAAGCCUAACAACAAUUGUGAUACAAAUUAACGGACAUAAACUUUCCUAAGCAAUAACCUACCUAGUCGCAUCACAAGCGAGUCUAACAAGCUGCCAGCGACUCACAAGAAUUAUCGCUUGAGAACACGUUCCCAAUACUUGAGCCACAACAACGACAAGCACAACGACGUCUGCACGCAAUAGAGGCUGCUUACAUGUCGCGCCGACGCUGCGCACUGCGGUGCCACACAAUGCGCACACGCAAGCGAGUUAGUGGCGCAAGCAGCAAUUUCUCAAAUGCAAUGCGACCACAGCGCCUCGCUACAAUGAUCACUUUAACGACAAUGUUGUUAUUACUACUUCCGAUGUCAAUAACAACAACAGCAACUGCAAGUCAAACAAGCGGCGCUAAUCCAAAGCGCGAAGACGCGUACGCUGAAGCUGGCAGUUUCACCGCCGACUCAUUGCAGUCGCAUUCAAAUGUGUUUCAUAAAUCAAACGUAAUUAGUCGAGAAAAUGAGUUGUCAGCCAGAGAAGAGAGUGCAACGCAGCUGUCAACAGCAACAGCGCUGAACUAUAGUGCUGACGCUGGCGGAGAUGUGUUGGAGCACGAAGGUGGUAUUGCUGGGGAGGCGAGCGCGCAAAGUGCAUCAACGACGAGCGCAACUGCGAUAAAUUACCGAAUUGAGCAAUUAGCGCUUAAUGCAAGCGAAAUGCGACCGCAAAAGCAAAAGUUGCAAAAAUUUUCAACCGCGACAGCAGUGCGAAACUUUACGGCAGCGCAGCAGCGCCGAAUUCCCAGCAAAGUGCUGGUAAUGGCAACGUCAUCAACAACUAACAAUAAUAAACUUGUAACAACGAAUUAUAUGGUGUCGAACAACAGCGACACUAAUGGCACAAGCAACAACAACAAUAACAAUGGUGGCGCAACUAAGUGGCGGCAAGCAAUUGACGAGCGACCUCCGGAGGAGGAGACGGAUAAAGUGGUAGCGGAAGUGGAAGAGCGCACGGCGAUUGCUCGGCAACCACAACAACCAGCACAAACACAACAACAACACCAACAACAGGAGAAACCAGUAAUUACCAGUAUAAAGCGCAUAAGUGGCGGCAUUGAAGUGCAGGUGGAAGCGAGGGCAUUGCGCGUGAGCGGUUCAGGAAUUUCUCAAAGUAACACCGAAAUGGAAUUCCUUGCCGCACAAACAACAACAGCAGCAACUACUACAGCAGAACAGGUGAGCUCGCUUGGCGCACAGAUUGCCAUUGCUGCGUCAGCUGAUGUGGACUCCGAAGUCAAACUUUCUGCUGAUGAUGAGGUCGGUGGCGAUGAUUACGGUGUUGGCGUUGACACAGUAAUUACCCCGGUGGCCAAGGUAACCAAUAACAGUGCCACACAAAUGUUGCAAUUUGUUUCACCAACAACUACAACUAGUAUGCCAACAACAACAAAAAUGCGUGGAGUCAAGCAAAGUACAGAAAUAGUUCCUGCUGGCACUAAGCAUGCGAAGGGCAUUCCACUUGAAAGGAAAAUAAAUAAUAUAAAUUCCAGAAGGAAAUUGACGUCAACGCAAUUUCAAACCAGCGACCAGCGCUCCGCAAGCCAUACAACACACAUUCCACAAACAACUGCGGAUUAUCCAGCUAAAAGCGACUUUAGAACUCAGAGUAUGCUAACUCAGUUCGCGCCGCAACAGCCAUCACCGCGUGCUGAGCGCCCGAAUGCCAUUCAAACUCGAAGCUUGGCAGGCAAACAAUUGCCAAAAGGGCCUGGAGUGGAUGCGGAAUAUGUGGAAGAUGGUGCAACGCGCCGCGACAGUGGAGAUAUUAAAAACAUUGAAAGCCGCUUAACGCCGCUGGCGGAUUUAAAUGUAAAGCUGAAUUUUAUCAAUAAAAAUGCAAAGUCAGUGAAAUGCGAUAAGCAGAUAAAGAAUGCUUCGACAGCCACGACAAUCGCAACGAUGACAGGACAUGAGCAAGCAAAACACGAGCGCGCCGAGCAAAGUGACUUCAGCCAAGUGGCUGUGGAAGCAACACAGCAAAUCUUGAAGACUGCCCAGGAGGAUUGUAAAAUAACAAAGUGCUCGAAGCGAUUAGGCGCUAUUGUGCAAGGUGAGCAGCGACAGCAAAAAGGCGAUCGCCGACAACCGCAAAAGUCACGCAGUGAAAGCCAACUGACUCAGCAGCAAAGGUACUUAGGGCAAGCCAUGUACUUAGUACGCCCACAAGAGCAAUCGCAAGGCUUAAACUUACACACCGAGCAGCUGCAACAACAUGACAAGCACUUAGGACUUGAAAGCGACUUUCCGGCACAGUUGGCAGGCCAACAAAUACCGAAGGAGAUGGGAAAGCGCCAAGCUGCAAUUGAAAACAAAAGCUUUGGCAAGGCGAUGCCAUUAUUGAAUACGGAAGUCCUGCAACUGGAAGGACACAAAUUAGCGGAGAAGCCCAAUAAAGUAACUCUGAUACAACAAGAAAAAUCAGAGCUGAUCGGGGCGAAAGUGCAAUCAAAAGUAAUGAAAGAAACUGCUAAAAAUAGAAGCUCUGAAAACGCCAAAAUAUUAAUAACUUCAACUGGAAGUACAAUGUCACCGAUAAUUGCACAGCUUCAAGCGAACAAGUUACCAGCUGAAGCCACAGAAACAACGGACACGAUAGCCAACAGCGUGAACAAACAAGCGGCAAAUACAAGCGAAAAUGUAACGAAGUACAACGAGCCGAGUGAAGGACAAUUGCCUGAGGAGUGGCAGCGCGCCUUGAAGUAUGCAAACAAUCGAGACAACAGUGAGACAGCGGCUGCCGUGAAUAGAUGGCCGGCGGACGAGCGGCUCGGUGGACCAGAUGGCAGAAAAACAGGACAGCAGCCAGUUGAUAUGCAACAACGCGCAGCUGACGUCAACGUUGACUUUAAUGGGCUACGCCAAGCAAAUAAAUUCACAGCGCUGUCUGGUUUACGACUCGCACAUGUGGCAAAGACAAUGUCAAACGAAAAAAUGGACGCGCAAGUUGAUGAAAACCUGAAAAUGGAUGAAGUGAGAGAAAGAUUGAUGUCAAAUGAAGAUGGUGUUGACACCAAAGAAAGGACAGAUUUGGAAAUAUCAACAAACAAUAGUUUGAGUUAUAGCAAAAUUGAUGCAACACGCCAUGCCGUCUCAGGGCAAAACGAUGAAAAUGUGGCAGGAGAAGAGGAAGUAGUAAUUAAAAACGCCGAGCCAGAAAUGGGUAAUCUCACAAAAGCCCUGCGAAGCAUGUCAACGUCAGCAACAGCGAAAAGGGAACAUAUGGAAUUGGGGCAAGAGCCAACAAUAGCAGCAGCUAAGCCAGAUAAUUGCAAACACCCAGAGAAUAAUGGAAAUGGAGCGCCAUUUGAUGAGAUGGCAACACACAGAGCACACGAAGACGCACGGCACAAGGCCGCCUCUAAAGGGAUUGACAACGAGCAUUUAGCACGCUUCAAUGGAACUCAGACUACGCCUGAACAACCACAGCGGAGCAAAUCAAUACUACCAUUGCCAUAUACAGGCGAUGGUGAGCGCGCUGAAGGUGAGACGAUAGCGGCGUGGCAGCAGCAAAACAAUCUCUUAACGGCUUACAUACGCCGUCCAGACAUGCGAACGGGUGAAGCGCUGAAACUAAAUGACACGCUAUUGACGGCGGACGGAAAGGAGAUUGCGAAGGCAGACGAGAAACCGACAAUACAGGAACCGAACAAAAGCAGCACGUUAGCCACACUGACAACGGAAACGAUGAGCUCGCCCCCAGUCAGCACCGCUGAAAUCACAACGAAAAACAAUUUGGAUACCGUUGAGCGGCAGGAAAAUGCACAUGCCGGAGUCAGUCAAAAUGAAAAGGCCAACGCUGAAAUCUCGCAAACACAAAGCGCUGAGCUACCAGGAGGACGCGGCUAUAAGGCCUCGGUGAAACAGGAGUAUGAUGUCACUGCGGAAACAUUUCGCAAUCGCAGCGAUAGCAAAGCGACAAAUAAUUCCGAUAACUCAGCGGUUCACACUUUGAGUGGUAGUGCCACAUCGGCCCCAAACGGCGCAUAUGAUGGUGUCAACAGUGAGAAAAGUACCACACCAACGUGGGCCAGAUCUACAGAGGAACAAUGGCUUACGACAGAGUUAACAACCGAAAGUAAUCCAAAUUACAACAGCAAUACAUUAAACUCCCCGGAGACAGCUGCCGGUCAAGCGAGCGGCACAAUCACAGAUGCCGCCAUGCAGGCUGUCACGCCACCGCUAAUACUAUCGAAUGCAAUAUCAACAACAGGAGCAUCAUCAAGUGAUGCCACAGCAACGACAAUGCAUAUAAUGAACCCCAAUGUGCAAGUGCUCUCACCGCAGCAAGCGACGCCAACACAUGACACUCAGACAACUGAGUCGGACACGUCGUUCUUUGUGCUGCCCAAUUUCGCCGCACUCACAUCCACCACCACCAUUGCAACGGAGUAUGCAUUGUUGACCACAGCGACGGCAGCAUUGACGACGCCAGCAAUCGGUGCUACAGCCACACCUGGCGGCGCCGCGUGGCCCGUCAAGCACGCUUCGGUCAUGGAGGGAGAUGUCAUACUCGGCGGCCUGAUGAUGGUCCACUCACGUGAGGACAGCAUCACUUGUGGUCCCAUCAUGCCGCAGGGUGGCAUUCAAGCGCUCGAGGCCAUGCUCUACACGCUGGAUCAGGUGAACAAGCAUCAAUUGCUGCCGAACAUCACCCUGGGCGCACACAUACUGGACGACUGUGAUAAGGACACGUACGGGCUGGAGAUGGCAGUUGAUUUUAUUAAAGGUUCCAUUAGCAAUAUUGAUGAUGCCGAAUACCACUGCAACAAGACGCAGGUGCGUAAGGUCAUUUCCGGUGUAGUUGGCGCUGCCUCCUCCGUAACAUCGAUACAAGUGGCAAAUUUGCUGCGCCUCUUUCGAAUACCACAGGUUUCCUUCUUCUCAACGAGUCCCGAGCUGAGCAACAAACAGCGCUUCGAGUACUUCUCGCGCACGAUACCCUCCGAUCACUACCAGGUCAAGGCGAUGGUGGAAAUCGUCAAGCGCAUGAGUUGGAGUUAUGUCUCAAUCAUCUACGAAGAGAGCAACUAUGGCAUCAAAGCCUUUGAGGAGCUGGAAGAGCUGCUGGCACGUCACAACAUCUGCAUCGCUGUCAAGGAGAAGCUCGUCAAGGACUCUGGCGUUGCCGAGGAAAUCGCCUAUGAUAAUAUCGUGCAAAAGUUGCUGACAAAGCCACGUGCGCGAGGUGCCAUUAUAUUCGGCUCGGAUCAGGAAGUGCGCGAGGUGAUGCGUGCUGUGCGACGCAACAAUGCGACUGGGGCCUUCUCGUGGAUCGGCUCGGACGGUUGGAGUGCACGCAACCUGGUAUCGGACGGCAACGAGCCGGAGGUUGAGGGCACAUUAUCGGUGCAGCCACAAGCGAAUCCCGUGAAAGGUUUCGAGGAAUACUUUCUCAAUUUAACGGUGGAGAACAAUCAACGAAAUCCAUGGUUUGUAGAAUUCUGGGAGGAUCACUUCCAAUGCCGCUAUCCAGGCAGUCUCAGCACACCAUACAACAGUUACAAUCGCACUUGCACCACCAAAGAGCGUCUCUCCAAAGACACAGACUUCGAGGAUCAGUUGCAGUUCGUGAGCGAUGCUGUGAUGGCCUUUGCAUAUGCGUUACGCGACAUGCAUCGUGACCUCUGCGGCGGUCGACCCUCGCUCUGCGAUGCCAUGCGACCCACCAAAGGCGCCGAUUUGCUCAAAUACUUGCGGAAAGUGCAAUUUCAGGGCCUUAGUGGUGACCAUUUCCGUUUCGAUGUCAAUGGCGAUGGUCCAGCGCGUUACAACAUCAUCCAUUUCAAGCAGUCAGCGGAGGGUCUCUAUCACUGGGUCAAAGUGGGUGAAUAUUACGAGGGCGAGCUGCGCCUGAAUAUGACUGAAGUCCAAUUUAAACUGUUGCAUCCGAAGCCACCUGAGUCCGUCUGCAGCUUGCCCUGUGAGCGCGGCCAGGCCAAGAAGUAUGUGGAGGGCGAAAGUUGCUGCUGGCAUUGCUUCAAUUGUUCAACCUAUCAAAUACGCCAUCCCAUCGAUGAGACGCAGUGCUUAACUUGCCAAUUGGGCACUUUGCCCGAUGCCACCAAGCAGUACUGCCAGACAAUACCGGAAGUCUACUUGCGGCCCGAAUCGGCUUGGGCGAUUGGCGCGAUGGCGUUCAGUGCCACUGGCAUUUUGGUAACGCUCUUUGUUGUUGGCGUUUUUGUGCGCCAUAACGACACACCCAUUGUGCGCGCCUCGGGAAGGGAGCUCAGCUAUAUACUGCUCGCCGGCAUAUUAAUGUGUUAUGCCGUUACAUUUGCUUUGGUGCUGAAACCGACGAAUAUUGUGUGCGCCAUACAACGCUUCAGCGUUGGCUUCUGCUUCACCGUCGUCUACGCGGCGCUGCUCACCAAAACCAACCGCAUAGCGCGCAUCUUCAAAGCGGGCAAACAAUCGGCGAAACGACCUUCCUUCAUAAGUCCCAAGUCACAAUUGGUUAUCUGCUUCUUUCUAAUUUUCAUACAAAUUCUCAUUAAUGGCGUUUGGAUGGUGAUUGCACCGUCACAUGCCAUGUACCAUCAUCCGACACGCGAAGAUAAUAUGCUGGUCUGCGAUUCGUACAUUGAUGCUUCGUACAUGAUUGCAUUCUUCUAUCCGAUCCUACUGAUUGUUGUCUGUACGGUGUACGCGGUGUUGACACGCAAAAUACCGGAAGCAUUCAACGAAUCCAAACAUAUCGGAUUCACGAUGUACACAACUUGCGUCAUUUGGCUGGCGUUUGUGCCGCUCUACUUCGGCACCGCCAAUCACGUGCCGCUGCGGAUAACAUCCAUGUCGGUGACGAUAAGUUUGUCGGCGAGCGUCACUGUGGCGUGUUUGUUCUCGCCAAAGCUGUACAUAAUACUCAUACGGCCCGAGCGCAAUGUGCGACAGAGUAUGAUGCCGCCGCGCUAUGGCAAUAUGCAUCGCACGGCGGGCACAGGCCCCUCUUCCAUGAUGGCGGCCGCUGUGGUGACAGCAGCAACAUGCGCGCAGGAGGAGAAAAUACAAAAGCAUAUCACACCAACAAAUACAGAACACAGCACCAAGUCGAAGAAGCUCUGCGAGAUGGCAACACAGACCAUCACAAUAACGAAUAUCUUCACCAAUUUAGACAACAUCGCCUACAGUCAGAUCCCCUAUGCGGAUCAGUAUGUGCCAAAUAACAAUCAUCAUCAUCAUCACCAGCAACAACUUGAACAACAAAGCCAACAAUCAUUAGCCCACCCACUGGCUGCCGCCGCCGCCAACAGCACCACCACCAGUGAAGCUGAGGUGGUCGCGAAUAAUAAUAAAAUCAAUCAACUGCAGCAUGGCAACCCUAACGCCACAAAUACCGCAACCGCAGUUGCAACAACUGCUUGCACGGCGGUCUCGACUGCCACGGCUGUGGCGGCCAUUAGUACAGUCGUAUCGCCACCAACACUGCAUGCGCUUAGCAACCAUGUAAUGUUGCAGCAACAUGUUGCGCUGCACAAUUGCAGCGAUAGCGCCACAUUGUGUGGUGAUAGCGGUAAACCACAAGUGGAGACCACGAAUUUAUAGCCCAAAGCGCCACUAACCGACUGCGUCGCAACCGCCGCAAAAGCCAACGAACAGUCGAAUGUUGCGGACACAUUGAGAGCAACACAUGGCAUGAGUUAUGUGUUGCAGAAAGAAAUCGGCUGUAAUAGCUGUGCUGCUAUAUCGGGUGAAGUAAACAAGCACAACAACAACAACGAUGGUAAUCACGCUGCCACCCAAUACACGCUCACCAACAACAACGGCAGCGGCAACGGCAACGGUGCCACUGACACCACCACUGCCACCAGCAGCAGUUUGACAGGCAACAAUUACAGCAGCAGCGGCAGCAGUAGCAGCUCCGA